AUGCGGUUGCUCAACACGCAAACUAUUCAACUGGAAAGCUUUAAUGGCAACGAAGAGGAUAUCCCACCCUAUGCUAUCCUAUCACACACAUGGGGAACCGACGAAAUCACGUUCCAGGAUGUAACGCAACAGCCGCUCGAGGAGAUUCGUCGACGUGAAGCUUUCUACAAAAUCCAAGAAUGCUGCGCACAGGCUCGAAAGAACGGUUAUAACUAUGUUUGGAUCGACACAUGUUGUAUCGACAAGUCUAGCAGCGCAGAACUAUCCGAAGCCAUCAACUCCAUGUUCAAGUGGUAUCAACAGGCUUCCAUAUGCUAUGCCUUCUUGGUCGAUUUCGACACUACCUUGUCACAUGCUUUCACCGAGGAUUUCAGUGGUAGAUUUGUUCAGCUCGAGCCCUCAGAUACUUCCUUUUUCUCUAGCCGCUGGUUCACAAGAGGAUGGACAUUGCAAGAGCUUAUAGCGCCUCGCUACGUCAGCUUCUUUGAUAAAUGGUGGAUCAAUUUUGGUACUAGGGAUGGGAACCUUCUUGAUCGCAUAUGUCGAAGAACAGGCAUAUGGCCUCAAUUAUUUCACGAGCCUCGAUGUUUGUGUCUCAAAACCUACCCCUGCCCUCCAGUUCGCGAUGGUAUAUGCCGAUAUUGCUUGAGCCUGGAUACACUCCCUGAAACACUCGCGUCAUUCACAGUUUCUGUCAAGAUGAGCUGGGCAUCAUCCCGCGUUACAUCGCGCAAAGAAGAUUCUGCUUACUGUCUUCUUGGAAUGUUCAAUCUGAAUAUGCCAAUGCUUUAUGGAGAGGGAGACAAAGCUUUUUUGCGACUCCAGGAAGCAAUAGUUCGACAGGCGAAAGACCAGUCUGUCCUCCUAUGGCGUGACGAACUGUAUCAAACACCGAUUGGUCGUAUUCCUGGAUGUUUAGCACCCUCGUCUUCUGUCUUCAAAGAACCCGUCCAUGUUGUUGGGCGUCGAGUCUUCAAGAGAAUAAGUCGAAUCUUUGAUAUCGACUUUAUGAGCUCCAUUACGCCGAUAGAGUUGACUGAUACCGCUAUACAAUUGGACUUAUGGAUCUGCCCUUGUACUGUGAGUGUUUACAAUCCAAGUACAAUGGAGUCGUUUGACCAGAAGCUCUCCUUGGGAAUACUGGAUCUUGCUUAUGACAAUGACCAUCUCGUUCGCCCUGCACUGCUUCUUGAACACUUGGGUGCUAUAAACUUGUAUCGACGCCUAUAUCAUAACUUUGUUGUUCCAGUUGAUCCCAGGCAGAUUUACGACAGCCUUGAAUUAACAACCAACCACGCCAGUUCGGGAGCAUCACUAAUCCCAAAAUUUGUGGACACUCUACUACACCCUUCUGUGCUUAAAGUCAGAAGGUAUCUCAAUCAAGCUGUCCAGAAGAAUGUCGGCAUUCUGCGACAUCCGAGCCCUGACAACGCUGUGGGCCUGGGCCCUUUAUUUGACGUGGGCCCAAAGACUGGACCAGUUUAUCUCCUUGCCAAGACGAUUGUGACGCGAUACACUUCAAGGAGAAAGCGCAUGUUCGAUUACACCGUGAGAAGUGGUGGUAGUCACCCUCCAUUAAGUAGCUACGAUGCCCAUGCAACCGAGAUACCCUCCCCAUGGGUCUUUGAGAAGUGUCAGCAUUCUGGAGUUGAUCGACACUUGGGCGGCAUUCAUUUUAUGGGAUUCGACAUCAACAAAAAAGGCAACUCCCAUCCGGACAGUGAGAGUUUAUGUGGGCAGGUGGUAGUAAUAUGGGGGAUGCAUCGCGAAGUGACAGCAGACGGUGAAGGCUACACACCUUGGAAGCCUUGGUGUCGUGUUUUUAACACGCUCGCCUUCCUUACUUACGCUCGCACAUCGAACUCUGAUUUGAAACCAUCUCAGUUGUACCAUGGAAGUCACGCUCUACACCCUUCCGAAAUACAGAAUCGGUUGGAAGAUCAGCGACGUCAACUGUGCCUUAGCAAAUAUGGACAGCUGUAUAUCCCCCAAGAGUCGGAGAACAAGGCUCUAUUCCCGAACUCUUGUGGGGAUGACUGGGCGGAAGAUCGAAUGAAUGAUAUCGCCAAUGAUCCCGUGAUGGAUACUCACUUGACAAUCAGGCUGGCGGUGACUGAAGGUUUGGGUCGAAGGCUAUACGAGGUUCAGUUCGACAUCGACCAAACGAAGAGAGCAGUAGAGCCCUUUGUUGACCAGUAA